GCUUCAUGAUAUAUCACCCAUAUAACACAAGACAUAAAUAGAGUUGUUUGUGCCUAAAUAAUGUCUCUCGUCAAAAUUCAAAGCAAUGGCAAUGACAAUGACACUCGUUUUCCCAAACGCAUAAUCCUGGUCCGUCACGGCGAGUGUUCAGCAAACGCGGAUAUCAAUGUGUACGGAACAACUCCAAAUCACAAAAUUGAACUGACGGAGAAAGGGAUUGAGCAGGCCAAGCAAACUGGAAUCCGAAUUAAGAAACUGAUUUCUGAAAAUGAUACCAAUUGGAAGGUUUUCUUCUAUGUUUCACCUGCAGAGCGAACGAGACGGACGCUGAGAGAGAUGGGUGGAUCGUUCCCAAAGAGGAGAGUGAUGGGUGUGAAGGAAGAGUAUAGGCUGAGAGAAUUGAAUUUUGGAAACUAUCAUGACCCUGCAAGUAUAGGAAAGAUUAAGAAGGAACGAGUAACGUAUGGGAGGUUUUAUUAUAGAGUACCUGGUGGUGAAACUGGGGCUGAAGUUUAUGAUCGUAUAUCAAGUUAUCUUGAAUGCUUGAGGAGGGACAUAGAAAUGAAAAAGUUUUGUCACGAAGAAACCAACAUCAUCAUCGUUACCCAUGGACUGUCCAGUCGGAUCUUCCUCAUGAAAUGGUUCGACUGGACAAUCGAGCAAUUUGAGGAUCUCAACAGGAUGAAGACGAGUGAAUUUCAAGUGUUGCAAUUAGGUCAUGGUGGGGAAUACAGCCUAGCAUUUCAUCACGAUGACAAGAAACUUGGCGAAUGGGGACUAUCUCCUGAUAUGAUAGAGGAUCAAAAAUGUAAAGCUUAUGGUCCUACUGGAGUUAAAUGGCAGGGAACUUGUCAUUCGUAUCCUUUCAUGGAUUGUUUUGCAGAAGAUUCAGAGGAUGAGAAUACUGUUAUGUAAAUUAGCACUAGUUAGUUAUUAAGGUGUAUGAAUAAAAUUGAUGUAAUUGGAUUGUUAUUAACUUAAAAACUCCCUCUCUGUUUUAGCCUUCGUUUAUUAUUA